AUGGCGUUUUGGUCUGCUGAAAAUGCUACUAAAGCGUAUCUUAGUACAUUGAAAAUGGAUCAUAGAUCAAAAGAACCAAACGUGGCCGAAUUCAUAUCAGCUCUAGCCGCCGGCAAUAACGCUAAAAAGAUCGCCGUGGCUUGCGCCGGAGCAGCAAACGCCGACAUACUCGUUGCCCUAAUCGCUGCCGCUAAUCAAACGCGCGGUCGAGUGGUAUGCGUUUUACGUGGCAUCGAAGAACUAAUCAUAUCCAAGAAAAUGUUGGAACCAUCAGAGAUCCAUCAGAUACAGUUCGUAGUCGGAGAAUCUAACGACAACGCUCUAAUUAAUGAUCAUUUUGGAGAAGCCGAUUUCGUCCUCGUCGAUUGUAACCUCGACAACCACCAAGAGAUUGUUACAAAGAUUGUUAAUCACCAUGAAGAAAACGCAAGAAACGUCUGUGGAAGUGGCGUUGCGGUUGUGGUGGGAUAUAACGCGUUUUCGAGAGGGUCGUGGAGGUUUAGCGAUGGGAGGAAAACGCAGUUUUUGCCAAUAGGAGAAGGGUUACUUGUGACGAGGGUCAACGAUAACGGUAACUAUAAUCAGAAGAUGAUGAUGAUGAUGAACAAGAACAAUCAUCAUGCCAAGAAGAGUCAUUGGGUGGUGAGGGUUGAUAAGUGUACUGGAGAGGAGCACGUGUUUAGGGUUAGGGUUCCACGAGGAGAAGCCAUUAUUGAAGCUUAA